AUGUCGUCUCUAUCUUCACUCUCGCCAGCUUUCAUCUACGGAACGGCUUGGAAGAAAGAUAACACGACGAAGCUGGUGAAAGAAGCCUUGAUUGCAGGAUUCCGAGCUGUAGACACCGCCGCACAGCCCCGGCAUUAUCGUGAAGAGCUCGUAGGACAAGCCCUGCGGGAAGCCUACAAAGAUGGCGUGGUUCGUCGGGAAGACAUCUAUCUUCAGACUAAAUACACAUCACUCGCUGGCCAAGACAGGAAUAACAUGCCCUACAACGCCGCAGAUUCUCUGCAAAAGCAGAUCGAAACGUCGGUAGCCUCAUCACUCAGGAAACUUCGCCCAUUGCAGGACUCCGAAGUUGGAUCUUAUAUCGACUGCGUGCUGAUGCAUUCCCCACUUCCAACACUAACGCAGACUUUGGAGGCUUGGCACGUCUUAGAGGCCUUCGUCCCUGAGAAGAUCCUCUCGCUCGGAAUCUCCAACGUGGACUUAGAGACUCUCGAACAGAUACACAAGACCUCAAAGGUCAAGCCUUCGGUCGUUCAGAAUCGGUUCUACCCCGCCACCGGGCAUGAUGUCGAAUUGCGAGCGUUCUGUGCAGAGAACGACAUCAUCUACGAAUCAUUUUGGACUUUGACGGGUAAUCUAAAGCUGCUGGGAUGCAACGAGAUUGCCACGAUUGCCGAAUCUACCGGUGUUCCCGCUCCGAUUGCGCUGUAUAGCUUAGUCAUGAAUCUAGGCAUCGUCGUGCUGAACGGAACGUCCUCCUUGCACCACAUGCGGGAAGAUCGAGAAGGCGUCGAGGUCGUGAAGGCAUGGGCGAGAUCGAAUCCGAGUGAAUGGGAAGCUGUCUUCAAAAGCUUCAAGGGGCGCAUUGAGUCAUAA